CUGUAUUGGAUCUCUGAGUGUAAUUCCCCUCAGAGAAGCUAAAUGUUGUUGACUCCAGCUGCGUUACUGUGUCCUUCCCCGACCUCCUCCUCUGCUGAGCUUUGUGUGGCUGCAGUGCGUUCACGUCUGUUGUGUUAUGUGUGUGUGAAUCCUGGAGUCGGUUCAACAUGCUGCCGAACGCGAACCGUCGCCAUGACGACGGCACACUGUCCUCCUUCCUGCUUUCAUCCGCAGGGUGCGUGCGGCAGCGUCCACGCCGAGUGUGGACUUGACCUCAGAAUCAAACGGGGCAGCGUCCUCCAUAGCAAGAGGUGUGUGGAUCUUCCGGCCUCGUCUCUGCAGUACCAGUGCCGGUCCGUUGACUACCUGUGUUCUCCACGGCUGCUGAAGAAAGGUCCACCUGUCAGACAAUGUCAGGAGAAACCCGCCAUCAAGCCCCGGCCCUGCUCCGCCAGCCGCCCGCCCGCCGCACACAAGCCUCAAGUGCCUCCUAAACCCGUGCACCUGCUCGCGCUCGGCCAGGACCAGCAGCCCAGGAGGAUCCCCCCCGCGCCCUCCAGGCCUCUGCCGGCGCCGCCCCCCCCUCCCAGGCCCAGGCCCGGCCUCGCUGCACCGCUGCAGAGAGAGGCCCAGAAGGUGGGGCUGCUCAUCGAGCGCUUCGAGAACUCCGGGGUCCCCAUCCUGGGGGUGCUCCCGCGCUCCCAGCUGCACCUGUGUGUGAGGAUGGACUCCGCGCUGGAGGCUGCGGGAGGACCCUCCCCCACGCAGACGGACGCGCCUGAACUCUGCUGCCUGGCGUCCGUGCACGGCGCCGGCUCCGUGGACGCCGGGCUGGACCGCUGUGCGGAGGACGACGUCGCCCGUGGGGUCGGUUGCCUUGACGACGCGGAGCGGGAGCAGAGCUCCUCCCAGGAGCUGCUGGAGAAUCCGGACUCCUCGGAGCAGAACGGCAAGAUUCCAAACCGGGACAGCGGCAUCGACAGCCCGUCGUGCCACGCGGAGGGCGAAGGCUUCCCCAACGAGGGCGCCAUCGACGAGGAGGACAACUGCGACAGCGUCACGGAGACGGAGAGCGCGUCCUGCUGCGUCACGCUGAGCAACAAGCGCGACUCCACGCAGGACGAGGACAGCGACCUGGACGAGGGCAGCGGCGGCGAGAGCGGCUCCCUGACGGACGCUCAGCCUGCGUUUGUCACAGACUCUCACAAGUGCUCAGAGGCCCAGAAGCUCCUGAACAUCGCCAGGGAGCUUCUGAGCACAGAGGAGGCGUACGUGAAGAGGCUCAACCUCCUGGACCAGGUGUUUUGCACUAAGCUCACAGAGGCUGGAAUCCCUCAGGACGUCAUCACGGGGAUCUUCUCCAACAUCUCCUCCAUCUACUGCUUCCAUGACAAGUUCCUGCUCCCUGAGCUGAAGACGCGCAUCACAGGAGAAUGGGACGCCAACCCUCGUAUCGGAGACAUCCUGCAGAAACUGGCCCCGUUCAUGAAGAUGUAUGGGGAAUACGUGAAGAACUUUGACCGGGCCAUGGACCUGGUCAACACAUGGACCCAGCGGUCGUCACAGUUCAAGAGCGUGGUGCAGAACAUCCAGAAGCAGGACGUGUGCGGCAACCUGACGCUGCAGCACCACAUGCUGGAGCCGGUCCAGAGGAUCCCUCGCUACGAGCUGCUGCUCAAGGACUACCUGAAGAAGCUGCCGGACGAGGCCCCGGACCGACACAACGCAGAGAAGGCUCUGGAGCUGAUCUCCACUGCAGCCAACCACUCCAACGCAGCCAUCAGGAAGAUGGAGAAGAUGCACAAGCUUCUGGAGGUUUAUGAGCGUCUCGGGGGUGAAGAGGACAUCGUUAAUCCGGCCAAUGAGCUCAUCAAGGAAGGACACAUCAAGAAGAUGUCAGCCAAAAACGGAACAGCACAAGACCGGUACCUCUACCUGUUUAACAACAUGGUGCUGUACUGCAUGCCCAAACUCCGCCUGAUGGGCCAGAAGUUCAGCGUCCGAGAGAGGAUCGACAUCGCCGGCAUGGAGGUGCAGGAGAAUGUGAAGCAGAACCUCCCUCACACGUUCGCCAUCAUCGGCAAACAGCGCUCGCUGGAGCUGCAGGCCAGGACGGCUGAGGAGAAAGAAGACUGGAUACAGGUGAUUCUGGCCACUAUCGAACGGCACAAACAGAACAGCGAGACCUUCAACAAAGCCUUCAACAGCUCCUUCUCCCGGGAGGACGACCACGUCCCCGAGUCACCAGGGCCGUGGUCCAGCACAUCCAUGGACUCUGAUAGUGAAAGAGUGAACGAAAGGAAAAGUUCCAGGAAAAAGGAAAAAGAGAAGCAGACGUGUAAAGGCUGCAACGAGAGCUUCAACUUCACCAAGCGCAAACAUCACUGCAAGUCCUGCGGAGCGGCCAUCUGCGCAAAGUGCUCAAAGACCUUGGACAACAAAACCUGCAGAGUUUGUCCCGAGUGCUUCGAGGCGACUCUGAGCCUGGAGAGCAGCGAGCAGCGGAGGAAAGCGCUGGAGAGGCCGACGUCUCUGACGGCGGAGAACUGUGUGCAGUGCGGCCACCUCCACCUGCAGGAGAAAGGCCGGAGCUGGAGCAAGGUGUGGGUGGCCGUGACCAGGGCCGAGCCGCUGGUGCUGUACCUGCAGAGCAGCGGGCAGGACGCCAAGGGAGCGCGGGCGGUGCCGCUCCCCGGCUUCGAGGUCAGCGCGCCUCCAGCGGCGCCGGGCGACAAGGCCGAGGUCAAGCACGCGCUGCGACUCAGCCACACCCAGCAGAACCUGCUCCUCAGCGCCCCGGACGCAGAGACCCAGGCCCGGUGGCUGGAGGUGGUGUCCAGAGCGGCCCGCGGGGACACGGCCCCGGACCCGGACCCGGACGCCGGCCCCAGUGAGCAGCGGAGCAGCCAGUAGAAGCAGCAGAGGCCGGCGCCGCAUUACUUGAAUUGACUUUACCUUGGCACUUUGUCCAGUCCGUUCUAUUCAGUCUGACCCGCCACCACACGAAGGACCGGCUCAGCCACCAACAGCUGGAGCAGAUGUGGAACCGCCGAUAAAAGAAGAAAAGUUCCUGUCACGUUUUGGAUGAUGCACAUGAAGCAUUAACUCUGACGUGUGUGUGUGUGUGUGUGUGUGUGUGUGUGUGUGUGUGUGUGUGUGUGUGUGUGUGUGUGUGUGUGUGUGUGUGCGUGUGUGUGUGUGUGUGUGUGUGUGUGCGCGUGAGCCCGUGUUGAAUAAAUGCCACCUCUCGUUCUGGGACUGUGCGGCCGAGGGCCUGGUUUUGUACAGUGUCUAUACUAUAGUGUGAUGUAAGGAAGUGUAAGUUAAACUGCAGACGUGUGUUCGUGGCUGGCCACCUGACUCCCCGUCGCUCCUUGUCCUCCCGUCGCUGCGUCCAGAUGAGCUCUGUGUGCAGAUGCUGAAUGGAUCUGAAUGGACACUCGCCCGCUUCUCUCCCUCCAGUGAUGUGAUGGAAACCAAGUACUGUAACUGUUUCAGGGCCCGGUUCUGAUGGGCACCAGUAGCAAGUCGGACCCCUCGUGCAUGUCGGCCCACUCAUAUUUAUGUCCCGUGCUCUUUAUACGACCCGCUGUGUUACUGUACGUGAGCAGUCAGUGUUUAAGACUGACGCUGGGAAAGCAGUCGUUCAUAUCAUCAAUAAACAAACCUUGUGGUACAUCAGUAUCAUUCAGUCCCAGA